AUGAAAACAUCUAUAGUUCAGCAGCCUAUUGGUCUGGUAUCCACUAUGUACUAUGGCCCUCAACCUGUCUCUUCAUCAUGUGGUAUUUGCAUGAAUAAGAUUACUACAAUAGUUCAGUACCGGAAAGGAGUAUGUACUUGGAUGGCUUGUACUGGAAUAACAUUAAUUGGCGGUAUAUUUGGAUGCUGUUUAAUACCAUUUUAUGUGAAUUCAUGCAAAGAUGCUUAUCACAGUUGUCCAGAAUGUGGAACAUUACUUGGAGUUUAUAAACGUAUCUAAAAUAUAUCACCGAUUGCUACUUCUUUUUUCACAAAACGUUGUUUUCUUUCUUCUCCAGUCUUUUCAAUCUACUGAGCUUUUUUGUAUGAAAUAUAAGUGAAAAUAAAACCAUAUUAAAUUAU